UUCCAGGAGCAGGAGGAAUAGGAUUGGUGUUUGCGGGGCUAUAAAAGGGGAGAGCCAGGCGCAUUGCCCUUCCCCACACCUUUCUGUGCAUCACCCACCCAGCCUCGUCCCUUCCCUGCCUGCAUCUCCCUCGCAGCCUCACCAUGAGCUACAGCAGCGACCUGCUCUACCCACCCUCCUCCUAUAAGAAGAUCUUCGGGGACACCUCUCGCCUCUCCAGCAGAGUCUACAGCAGCUCGUCCGCUCCCCGGGCUGCCGGCUACCGCGCCCACCAUGCCAGGGACUCCUACCCCUCCUCCUAUCGCAAGCUGGCCGUGCCCAGCUCCGUGGACCACCUGGAGCUGCUCUCCCAGUCCAGCGCGGUGAGCAACGAGCUGAAAAUCGUGCGCACCAACGAGAAGGAGCAGCUGCAGGGGCUCAACGACCGCUUCGUGACCUACAUCGAGAAGGUGCACCAGCUGGAGCAGCACAACCGGCUGCUGGAGGCCGAGGUCUCCCUGCUGCGCCAGCGCCAGGCGGAGCCCUCCCGCCUGCAGCAGCUCUACGAGCAGGAGAUCCGCGAGCUGCGCGCCAAGGUGGAGGAGCUGCGCCACGAGCGGGACGAGGCGCAGCUGGAGAGCCAGCAGCUGGAGCAGGGGCUGCAGCGCCUGCGGGAGCAGUGCCAGGAGGAGGCGCGCCGGCGGGAGGAGGCCGAGCUGGCGCUGCGCGAGUACAGGAAGGACGUGGACCACGCCACCCUGGCCCGGCUGGAGCUGGAGAAGAAGGUGGAGUCGCUGCUGGACGAGAUCGCCUUCCUCCGGAAGGUGCACGAGGAGGAGGUGGCGGAGCUGCAAGCCUCGCUGCAGGAUGCGCAGGUCUCGGUGGAGGUGGACGUGAGCAAGCCUGAUCUCACGGCUGCCUUGAAGGAGAUCCGCAUGCAGUACGAGGUCCUUUCCGCCCGGAACCAGCAGUCCGCCGAAGAGUGGUACAAAUCUAAAUUCGCCAACUUCACUGAGGAGGCAGCUCGCAGCAGUGACAGCAUCCGCCAGGCCAAGGAGGAGAUCACGGAGUACCGGCGCCAGCUGCAGGCCCGUAACAUCGAGAUCGAGGCUCUGAGGAAUGCCAAUGAGUCCCUGGAGAGGCAGCUGCAGGAAGCGGAGGAGAGGAGCAAUGGGGAGAUCCAUAAUCUGCAGGAGACUAUUAACCAGCUUGAAAAUGCUCUAAGGACGACCAAGGGAGAGAUGGCUCGUCACCUCCGAGAGUACCAAGACCUGCUGAAUGUGAAGAUGGCCCUGGAUAUUGAAAUAGCUGCAUACAGGAAAUUACUGGAAGGGGAGGAAACGCGGCUAAGCACCGUCAGCAGCGGGAACACCUUCGGCCUUGGCUACACGUUCUCAUCUAGCCCUUUCUCCGGCGCAAAAGCCUUCUCUACCAGCACAGUCACUGUCAGGAGGGAGGAGAAGCGAGACCUGCAGGAAAGCAUCAAGGAUCCCAGACUUUCAGAGGAGCCGAAGCCUGCUGAGGAAGGUCAGCCCGGAGAAGAAAAGGCUGAAACCGUCCCAGCCAAGAACUAAACUGGAGUGAAGUCACUAUGCGCCUCCCCAAAGGGAAAAGGAGUCCCUCACAAGCGAGAGAUUACGUUGUGUUCUAAUGUAGCCAAUUACAGUAAUACUGAGCGGCAGCCUGGUCCAGUGGCUAGUGCUCCGGACUGGGACUCAGAGUCCUGGGUUCUAGUCCCAGCUCUGCCACUGGCCUGCUGGGUGACCUUGGGCAAGUCACUUCACCUCCCUGCGCCUCAGUUUCCUCUCUCACCUUGUCUAUGUAGAUUGUAAGCUUCUCUGGGCAGGGACUGUCUCUGGCUAUGUGUUUGUACGGCGCCUAGCACAAUGGGACCUUGAUCUCCGUUGGAACCUUUGGUGCUGCUCUAAUAAUGCUUGUAGAACAAAGGUGUAUAUAUAUGUGUGUUCUGUGCCCUCUCCAGGCUCGACUUCCAGGCCCUCAUCCUGCUCACACUGCACAUGGUGGUAAAACAUUCCAGUGACUUCAGCGGGGUCAGAGUUGGGUCCCUACAUAACAGUGUCCAGGGCUUCAGAGCCCUGACCCCUCCCUCCCACACUCUGCAGUGCACCGUUAGCUGCUCCAACCCCUAUUCUCUCCAUUGCGGUUUAUAGAGUGGACUCAGUUGAAUGGGAGGUUGGCUGGUGCAGCUAGAUGCUCAGAACCAAACCUUGGCCCCUGUUGAAGUAAAUAUUGAAACGCCCAUAGAUUCUAGGGGACCAUUUUAUUGGCCCAAAGCCUGGCAAACUUGGUCUAGUUUCUGAAAGGAUUGGGAACCAAAGCCACUAAAUACCCUAUGGAAACCAAGUGAGAAUGAGGGUGUAAAUGGUUUCUUGAAAGGCCCUUAGACACACCUAUUAUUCGGCAAUAGCUAGAGCAGUGUUUCCCAAACUGCGGGUCACCGCCCUGAAUGGGGACAGGCCAUCAGCAGAUGGCGUCACAGUGAUCCCUAGUGUUCAGAGGACACCAUUUUGCGCUGCACAGCGUAACCUCGCAUGUAUGGUGCGUGCAAGGUCACAAUGCCUGGAGGGCGCCAUUUUGCUCUACAAAAUGGCUGCCUCCGCACAGUGAGCCCUCGUAUACACUAUACGGAUGAGGUCACGCUGUGCGAAGGAUGCUAUUUGGCUCUUCAAAAUGGCAUCCUCCAUGCUGUCUGGAGUCCCGGGAAGAACUAAGUCAUUAAAAUGGGGUCGUGCCAGCAAAAAAGUUUGAGAACCCCCAAUCUAGAGCAAUGCUGGUCCGGCAUAUUCAUAGAUGGUCAGCCAGUUUCUUCCAUUCCCCCUUUCCCUCGUCUUUGUUGGGAGUAGGGUGACCAGACAGCAAGUGUGAAACGGGGACGGGGAUGAGGGGUAAUUGGCACCUAUAUAAGAAAGCCCCAAAUAUCGGGACUGUCUCUAUAAAAUCGGAAUUUCUGGUCACCCUAGUUGGGAGUUGUCUCAGCACUCAGCCCCAACCUCCUCAUGAGACUCCUUCCAUUCUUAACACCUUGCUCUGCCUUUCCUGGGUCAUCUUAGCUAUACCAACAAACCCUUUCUAGUGUAGAUAAGGCCAUGCACGACAAGAGGAGAGAUAGAAAAGCUCUGGUUUAAGGCCAGUUUUUGAUGCAUUUAUUCACACUGAAUAGCACCUUACUCCAUAAGUGGUCUCACUGGGGUACUAGCAAGGGUCUCAGUGUAAAUAAGGGUACUAAGAAAUCUGGCCCUUUGAGAUGGAUUUUCACAAGAGCACACUUGGUGUGUUUGGUGUUGAGCCUUUCUGCCAAUCUGGCCAAGAUUUUGGAAUUUGCAAAUUUAGCCCUUCCUGAUUAAUAGUGGAUUUAUAGCUCUUCUUUAAAAAAACAGCAUUACGGGAGCGUAGGGCAAAUUGCAUCAGUAAUAUUUUCUUGGAAUGGCAAUCUGAAGAUGUCAUGGAAAUUCAGGUGCUGUAAUUAUGAUGCAGAAAGGCCGUCUGUAAACACAGUCUGAUAACCUUCAGUUAACAUCCAUAUGUUAUUUGUCUGUUUCUCUUCCAACCCACGAAUGUACCCCGGGGGAAAAGAAUUGUAUCAUGAAAGUGAAUGUUCUGUAGAAAGAAUUAGCUUGAUAUUCUGAAUGUAGAGCAGACAGCGAUUGAUCGCUGGGAACAUUAGAGUUCUGUUAGAGGGCUUGAGGUAGGUUUAAAACUUUAGUCUAGAGCUGGUCAAAAUGGUUCGAAUUUCAAAACAUUGAUGAUUUCAGAAUUUGCCAUUUGAAGGGGGAAAAAAUUGGGGAGAAACUUUAUCCCCAUUUUUCAAUCAACUGGAGAACUUUAGACUGUUACUGAAUGCAGAUCCAUGGCCUAAUCUAGAGUGUGUAUGUAUAGUGGAAUGUAGACUGGUUAUAAGACAAUGGUUAUUGCAAGUGCUCUUUCUUUAAUCGAUAUGACAUUUUGGAUCGAGGUAUCAUUUUGCAUGAAGUUAUCUGUCAGAUAAUUUGAAUGUGACUUUCCUCUUUUUCCAUUAAAAUAUUCUGUGUUUAUUUGGAAGGCAAAUGAAUAGAAAACCGAACCCCCAAUAAACAGUAUGUUGGUGUCUGAA